UCCUUCCUAAAACCCUUGUUUUCUAACAUUUGCAGGGAGGGCUUCCCUAAAAUCUAUCUUUGCCUCUUCUCUGCGAAAUCUUGAGAGAGAUAUGGUGAGUAAAAGGCAACAAAUAGCGAGAAAACGGUACAAAGAAGCUCACCCGGAGCUUUUCCCGCCGCCGCCGCCGCCGGACCCAAGCAAAAAGAAAAAGAAGAAGAGCAAUUUCAAGCGCAAAAGUUCUGACUCCACUAAUCCAAACAAAGUCAGGAAAUCAUCCGGAAAGAAGCACCCGCUCAGAGUCGCCGGUAUGAAGCCCGGUGAGAGCUGCUACAUAUGCAAAGCGCCCGACCACAUUGCCAAGAAUUGUCCCAAGAAAUCUGAGUGGGAAAGGAACAAGAUUUGUUUGUCUUGUCGGCAACGUGGCCACAGUCUUAAGAACUGCCCUAACCAGAAUGAAGAGUCUACAGAUAGGAAAUUGUGUUACAAUUGUGGAGAAAUGGGACAUUCUCUGGCUCACUGCACCCAACCUCUUCAAGAUGGAGGAACAAAAUAUGCCAAUUGUUUUAUAUGUAACGAAACCGGGCACUUGAGUAAAGAUUGUCCAAAGAAUACCCGUGGAAUUUACCCAAAGGGUGGGAGCUGUAAAAUUUGUGGAGGUGUGACACAUUUGGCAAGAGAUUGUCCCACUAAACGCAUCAGUAUCCACAAUGAAGCUGGUACGGCUGGUCAGUCAUCUUAUGUAAGGCCUAACCGGAUAACCAAGUUGUCGGGCGAUGACCUUGAAGAUGACUUUGUUCCUGUGGUUCCACUCGCUGGGAAAGACGAAGAUGUGAAGACAAAGAAAAAGCAGGGAGCCAAAGCGAAUUCGGCAUCUGGAAUGGCGAUCGAUGAUGAGUGCAAGCUGAAAUUCUUGGAGCUGAAGGCGAAGAGGAACUAUCGGUUCAUCACAUUCAAGAUCCUAGAUUACCAAGUUGUGGUCGACCAGCUAGGCGGCCCUGAUGAAUCCUACGACGUCUUCAUGUCCUCCCUCCCCUCCGAUGAGUGUCGCUACGCAGUCUUCGAUUUCGACUUCACAACCAAUGAGAAUUGCCAGAAGAGCAAGAUCUUCUUCAUUGCAUGGUCGCCCGAAACCGCGGUUGUAAGGAUGAAGAUGGUCUACGCUAGCUCAAAAGAUCGGUUCAAGAGAGAAUUGGACGGGAUUCAAUACGAACUCCAAGCAACAGACGCUAGCGAGAUGAGUUUCGACAUAAUAAAGUCGCGUGCCAACUAACACGCCUUUGCACUCAUGUCUUUUUAUUUCAUCUACUACUUUUAGUUGUAAUAAUGUGCAUGCUAGCUAGCUAGCUUUUCUACUGAAUCAUAUAUAGACGUAACAUAAAUAAGGGUGACUUGUCAUAGCCACCCACUACUACUAUUCUUACAAUAAAAGAAAUUGUUGAUGGAAUUGUUUGUA